ACUUUUUGUCAAAGCACCAGAGGGUCUCUCCUCUCUUUGAAUAGGCGCUGACCGUUCAUUACUCCGUGUCAGAGACUGACGUGAGAAAGUGGAGGAGGAUUCGUUCUGGUCUUGGAGACUCUGCAUGCUGGUUCUCUACGCACGGGCCAAAGGAAAAGGUCGAGUUUAUGGGCGAAGGCAACUUUUUAAGGAUUUAUUUUGGAGUUAAAUCCACCUUGAUGAACUGGACUGUAGAAAAUAACUUCGCGUAGUUGGCCACACUCGUCCCUGGUGAAAACAUGACACGCAAAUGAUGUUUAACACUUCUAUAGAUGGAGGCUCAUUCUCUAAAAAUUUGGAGGACUUCGACUCUAUUCGCAGUGUUCUGCUGUACAGUGACCUGGAACCAGAAUGGCUGGAUGAUGUCCAGAAGAAUGGCGAGCUUUUCUACCUGGAGCUGAGUGAGGGUGAAGAGGAGGCUGCCUUAGCCCAAGCCACCCACAAUCAAGGUGUGUCCACCAAUCAUGUCCGCUUUAGCGACAAGGAGGCAGAGAUAAUCACGGAGCAAAACAAGAAGCAGCGGUGCAGCUCACGCAAGAAAAGUGAACAUGCAAUCAAAAAACUAGCCCGGAUCUUAAGGAGGAAACGCCGGCCGUCUCAGCGCAGAGGAAGCGGGAAGGAUGGGGGUAAAGAUAACUCAUCUCCACCAUCUAUCCUGAAGAACCAGCCGAGCCAAAGGCAGGGUGUGAUGGUGCAGCAGCAACAGCUGAAGGAAGUGUGUGUCUAUCUCAACCCUAAACGUCUUGGAGGUACAUCAACACCUCUGUCUGACAGAGGGGGCCUUCUUGAAGCACUGUUGGGGGUGGUGCAUCGGCCCUCCUGGAGCAGAGGAACAGGAGACCCCAGAGCAGUCAGACAAGGGGAGAGACUUACUGUUCAUGGACUGAUACCCAACAGCCCAGCCAUCAAAUGUGGACAGAUACUAAUUGGUGAUGUGCUUGUAGCUGUAAAUGAUGUGGAUGUAACCUCAGAAAACAUUGAGAGGGUUUUGUCCUGCAUCCCAGGGCCAACACAGGUGAGGCUGACCUUGGAGACGAUGGCUUUGGUAGACGGCAGCAUUUCUGGCAACACUCCCUCAACUUGCAGGGUGAAGACUUCUCCACCUGUCAGCCAGCUGGUGCGUCUGCUGUGGGGGGAGGACACAGCUGAACUGCAGAUGUCUAUAGGACACAUCCCGCAUAUCGUCAUGUACCUGUCUCUUAAACUGGACUCCGCAUCAACUCAUGAAGAGGAGGAGAUCUUGUAUCAGUACCCGAUGUCUGAGGCUUCCAGCCAGCUAAAAGGAGUGCGGGGGAUCUUUCUGACUCUUUGUGACAUGCUGGAGAAUGUCACAGGAGGACAGAUUGUCAGUUCCUCUCUCCUGCUUGGGAAACAGCUGGUGCACGUCGGCUACUGGAAGGAAAACAACAACCUGCUGGUCAUCGGUCUUCCUGCGGAGAGGGUUCCACUGCUGUAUCUGCAGACAGUGGUGGGAGACGUAGUCCGCACUCUUAAAGUGAUGUACGGCUCCUUAGACAGUGCGUUCUGUAAAGAGGACCAUACUCCCAGGUUGGACCACUUCUUCUGCCUGUUCUUUCAGCAGCUCAUCCAGCCGUCUCGUUUGAGGGACGGCUCCUCAGCCCCACCACCUGACAUCUCAGGGACCCUUUUCCUCGACGGGCUGCCAGCAGUCCGAUGGCUUACUCUGCCUCCUGAAAUCAAGAUGGAAGUCGAUACUGUCCUUUCUGAUUUUGAGUCCUCUGAUUUUGGAGAAAUGUCAGAGGACUUUUUUGGCCUGAGGCGUCUCUACGUGAUUCUUGGCUCCUGUUUGUUUUACAAGUCCUACCUGAUAGCCAACCACCUUCCCAAAGAAGACCUGCUGGAUGUGUGUCUGUACUGCCAGCAUUACUGUCUGCUGCCGCUGGCGUCUGAACAGCGUGUUGGUCAGCUUGUCAUCUGGAGGGAGGUGUUUCCUCAGCAGAGAGUUAACGGCAGCAGAGCACCAGGAUACAGCCAACCUCAGGGACGACACUUUCUCCUCAUUGUGGGCCUGAGACACUUCAUGCAGUGUGUGCUGUUGGAGGCAGGUGGAUGUGCUUCACCUGCUUUGGGCUCUCCAGGACCUGACUGUGUUUACGUAGAUCAGGUGAAGGCCACCCUGCUGCAGCUGGAGGCGUUGGAAGCCGGCAUCGAGGAGCGUCUGAAUGCUCCCCCUGCUCCCUGUCUGUCCUGUGCUGACUGGUUCCUCCCUGCUGCCGGUGCUCGGGACCGCCUGGACAGCCUGGCCUCUUCCUCCCCAGUCCUCAGCAAGCUGGCCGGGGCGGUAAAAGGCUCCUCGUCAUCUUCGGGGUCUAGAGGCCGCAGCCUGUUCGGAGAGAGAGCUCGGAGGUCCAGCCCUCAGAGGAGCCUGUCAGACAGCGGGAGUGAGGCCCAGAUGGAUGCAGGGUCAGGUUCUUCUGUGGCUCCGGGUCUAAGUCCUCAUUCAACACCAGACUCAGCAAGGAAACUGGGCGGACGACGGGACUCUCUGGGGUCUGGAGGGUCUGAUGGGAGCGGAGGCAGUGGAGGACUCUUCAAGAUUCCCAGGAUGAAGCACCCAAACCCGUUCCACCUGGGCACCCUGAAGAAGACGCUAACUGAGAAGGAGACAGAGGAGAUGUACAACACUAUGAAACUAACCUCAGGUGCAGAGAACACGCUGUUCCACUACGUCCUCAUGGAGACGGUUCAGGGGAUCUUCAUUGCUCCCACUCACAGAGAAGUGGCUCAGCUCAGCGGCUCCAUUCACCCACAGCUCAUCCGCAACUUCCACCACUGCUGCCUCUCCAUACGGGCUGCUUUUCAGCAGAGCCUGCCAGCCAGGGGUCGUCGGGCUGCAGACCGGCCUCGGGGCGGGGGCUGGGGUCUUGGUCCUGUGAAGGAACAUGGAGUCUUGUUCCAGUGUAAACCUGAGAACUGGACCGACCAGAGGAAACCUGCCCCCACCAUGACUUACUGGGUCAUAGGACGGAUGCUGCUUGAGCCUGUCCCUCAGGAGUUCUAUGUGUGCUUUCAUGACUCGGUGGCCGAGGUUCCCGUAGAGAUGGCCUUUAGGCUCUCCUUUGGUUUGGCCUUGUGACACACCAUCGCCUCAACACACAGCCAAACGUGGGUGGUAUUCUCAGGAAAACAGUAUGAAGUGUGUAUUCAGCUUCACAGAAGUUGUCGCAGUUUCUGCAGGAUGUCUUAUCAGAGCUCCAGGAGUCUGAAUCCUUUCAUGUGCCUGUGCAUUUCUGCAGAUAACAGCAGAGCGUAACUGAGGGUUUGCAGCGGUAAUAGAGGGGAUGAGUGAGUCAUUUUUGUGCAUGUUCAAAGACAGUGAAUACCUCAGACAUUUUGGGUAAACCUCCAGCUGACCAGACAUUCAGGUUGCCUUAAAGUUCCCACAGUUGGACCAAUAAAAUUAUGCUGCUGCCUCUCCAACAUCUCCUUACUGAGUAAAAGAUGAUGUAAAGAUAUUUUCAGUUUGUAUUCAGUGUUUGAAAGGCAUUUAAUUUUCUAAAUUAUUUGAAUCUGUACAGUUUUGUAUGAAUAUGGGGUCAUUUGUUACAAAUAAACAGUGAGAUUACAGAAGAAAUACGUUCUCUUUUAUUCAUCAGCUUAUGCUCAGUGAGUUUUAAACAUCAUUUUAACAUUGCUGUUAAAUAAGAACAAUUAGAGAAACCUUAGUCACUUUCUCAAAAUAUCUACAGUAUUAUUAUUUUGUGUGUGUGUGUGACAAAUGGAGUACUAUCAAAGCAACAAAAACCUAUUUAUGCCGUGGUAUCUAACAUUUUUUCAAAAUUUAAAACCCUUUUCUGAAAACAGAAUUACCUUUCUUUGGAAAUGUUAACAUUUUAGGUGGGUACACUGACUUCACUCUAAUGGAAAAGAAUUGAAUAAAGAGGUCAAAAUAGGCAAAAAUUGGUUAAAUUGGGCAGAAAAGGUUUAAAGGAGCAAAAAAGUUGCAAUGACAGGGCACAAAAGUAUUUAUAGUGAUAAAAAGUGGCAAAGAACUACAAAAAAGGUAGUGAAAAGAAGUAACAAAAGGGCUAAAAUAGCAAAAAAUGUGUUUAAGUGGCAAAAACUAGGUUAAAGGGGCAUAAAGUAGCAAAAAAGGAAAAAAGUGGCAAAAAUGAAUAUUUAGUGGCAAAAAAAAACUGCAGCGGAUGCCAUGAAUGUUAUGUUGUAUUCUAUUAAUUUUGGAUCAUUCUGAUACAUCUGAACACUGAACAUUUCAAGUUUUAGUUUGAAUGACAUGGAAAGCUAAAGAAUAGUAAAGAGAGGCAGAGUGGGAGUUGUGAAGUGUAUUAAGAGAGCCGAGGUAAGUGCAUGUUUGAUAUUGAACCUUAAAAAAAGCAAAUCAAAGUUAGUUGUAAUUAUACGUUAAAAGAAAGUGGAUGAAAGAAACUACAGUUUGUGCCAGAACUUUGUUCACAAUGGCCUGCAAAGCCUCCAUUAUUUAUUUGUUGACCAUAAAGUAAUGCACAGACUGCCAAAAAAUAAAUUUCCAAGAUGCGGAUUUGCAUGAGAUUACCCAUGGACUUCUCAGUCUUGCUCUGGAACAUUUACCUUACAAAUUACAGUCAUGCUUGAUUCACAUGGGAUUAAAACAAGACAUCCUAGGCAAUUCUUACAAAUUACCUGAGGUCCCCA